AAUCCAAAGUAACAGCGGACUCCUUAGUCUUCACUCCACCUUUAUAAAUAAAGUCUCUCUUGAUGUACCCACUCUAAAACAUCCACUUGUUUCACCAAAGAAGAACACCUCUGCCGAGUGUUUAGAGACACGCAGAGAGAGAUAAUAUGACGAGCAAUAUGAAAACUCAAGUUGAUGAUCAAAUGGUUCUCCUCUCCCAGUAUUAUCCUGGGAUUUACGAUCAACUCAUACCAGAACAAGGGGAAGUUGUGAAACCACGAAGAAGACGAAAGAAGAACAAAGCAGAUGGAAACAGCAGCAUGAUGAGAAAAAGGAAGCUUAGUGAUGAACAAGUGAAUCUUCUUGAGCAAAACUUCGGAAAUGAACAUAAGCUUGAAUCGGAGAGAAAAGAUCGGCUUGCUUCUGAACUUGGGCUUGACCCACGUCAAGUUGCGGUUUGGUUUCAAAACAGGCGAGCUCGAUGGAAGAGUAAGAAGCUCGAAGAGGAAUACUCGAAGCUCAAGAGUCAACAUGACUCCACUGUUCUUGAAAAAUGCCAACUCGAAUCUGAGAUUCUAAAGCUCAAGGAACAACUCUCCGAAGCUGAAAAACAGAUAAACAGCCUAGUGGAAAGGUCAGAUGGAAUAUCGAGCACAAGUCCAUGUUCAUCGUUUUCAAUGGAGGCCAUGGAGCCACAUUUUCUUGGGGGAUUUGGGAUGGAAGGAUUGGAGAAUGUAUUUUGCUUGCCGGAAAACAACUAUAUACAUGGAUCAUUGGAUUGGAUGAACAUCUAAUUAAUUAUAGGGAAAAUGUAAUUAAAUAAUUUUAGUAUUAAUUAAUCAUGUAGUCUUGUAGAUAGUAACGAUCUAAUGUACAUCUUUUCUCCUUGUUGUCUAGUUAAUGGUAUUUCCUUGACUUAAUAGAAAUAUCCCUAGUAUGUUGUCAUAAUACUAAAUUCUUAGUGGGUUGCUUUUUAUAUUUAUCAAUAUUGUAGUACA